GGGCUGUCAUGACUAUAUGAUAAGAAUCGAAGAAUCAUAAACAAAGUGAUGGCAUGUUGUGGCGAUGCUUCUGGUUGGGCUAAAAUUGGUUUCAUCUGCAUCUUUCUUGCGUUUGGAUUGCAGUCAGCUGCUUUUCUGACGAACUACUGGAUGGUGUAUAACACAGCUAAGGAUCUGUUCGAUAUAAGAGUUGGGUUACUCUGGUUCACAAAUUGUACGUCUGCUUGUGCUACUUCUACAACCCCGAGCAGUUACCAUUCGUUAUUCUUCACCCUGACCAAAAUAUUUGAAGGUGUAACUAUCGGCCUAUUUUUCAUCAUUGUUGUGAUUUAUGCCUUCUACGUACUAGCAGACAGAAGCAGGACAAGGGCAACAGCCAUAUCUUUGAUAAUUAUACUAGUCACAUCAGUUCUAUUUCCGAUUGCUGGAAUUGUAUUAUGGAUCCUGCAGAUAGAUUUUCCAUAUUUCCUAGCUUGGUCGGCUGGAAUGUCCAUGAUAGCAACGGGAUUAGCAUUUUUUUCAAUGCUAUGCUUGAUUCCAGAUUUAAAAGAAUAUCCAUAUUAUAACAAAAUGGCGAUCGUUCCAACAGACACUUUCUUUGAUGAUAUGCAGUAUAGGAAAUACGAUACUAAAAAUAACUCGUAUGUCGACAAAGACAAGAUUGACAGAGAACCGAAACGAAAACCUCACUUAAAAGAUCCAUAUUCGGUGAAAGAUACUUACAUGGAUGAUGAAAUAGACAGAAAAGCCCUAAUGUUUACUCAUUCUAAACCACCGAGAUAUGAUUUUUUUAAGCAAAAUCCACUGCCAACAAAAUACUAAUAUCAGUUACUUGAUAUAUUAUGUUCAAGUGCAACUUACGAUUAUUACAGACUUUUUGUACAAGUUAUCAGUAUUCUGAUAUCCCGGUUCCGCCUUCUUUCAUCGCCAUUCUAUUUCCUAAUAUACCUUUAAAACGCACUGUCCCAUUUGAAGAAUAAAGCUGCAAAUGACGACUAACUGGGGAAAUUCAAUAUACGAAAUGUAUUGUACCAGUAGGCACCCAAAUCAUCGUAUAGUGUCAUUAUAAAAACUUUGUACAAGGACAAGACUGUAGAAUGUAGUCUUUUUAGAAUGGUAAUGAUAAGACGUCAAACUAAUGCAAAUUGGCUUGUUUCUUCUAGUAUGCCAAGAGUUUAUGAAAACUCUGAUAUUGUACAAAAAAAUGUAAACAUUACAAAAUGUACAUGCAUGAUUAUGAUUUGUACACAACAUAUGAAUAUACUAUUUAAUCAUUUUAAUCUCAGAACAUUG